AUGGCGACGUCCUUCUUCCUCUGGUCCUCAGCGCGGCACAAGGCCGACGAAAGCGGAGAAGGCAGCGCCGCGGAGAGCAACACUUCCUCUGCGGAAGCUCCGGCGGGGAAGGCCAAGGGUCGGAAGGGCGGAGCGGGGGCCAAGGCGGCAGCGCCGAAGCGCCCGCCUCAGAGGGGCCUCGGCGUCGCCCAGCUCGAGAGGCUCCGCCUCCAGGAGCGCUGGAAGAAGAUGACGGAGCUCGAACCCGCUCGCGACGGCAUUCUUCCGCUCCACCUUCACCAACUCACCCCCGUCGCCGGGGCUGUGUAUGGCGCCCCCAUCGUCUACUCGGCCGGGCAGCCCCUCGACGGAUACCUCACCCGUUACCGCCAGAUUGUCCAUGGGCCGGUAGCUUACGGCGGAGCGGCUGCCGGAACCGUCGCCCGGUCCGUGCUGGACGAUCAUCACGGGCUGGAUCGGUACCGGAAGGCGACGGCCGGGGACGCCAGAUUCCACGUCGGGAGUCCGUUUCCAGAGCCCCCUUCAAGCCAAAAUCCGCAAUGCCUCUCCGACCCGUGCGAGUUCUGCGCCAGAAAGAAGCGCCUCUUCGGCAACAGCCUAUCUGACAACCUGGCCACCGGUGCGGAUUACUUCGAGAUGGACCUCGCUGCCGCCAUGGCGGUUGAUUCCUUCUCCUCCAUUUUGAUUGGAUGCUUUCUCUUUGGACUUCAGGGAAAGCCGGCGGGCGAGAAGGAGAGGGAGGUGAUCAAGGAGUUCGAGUUCUUCCCGCCGAGCAGCCUAAGCGUAUCCAACGGCGACGGUUCCCCCGAGCUCGCUGAUCGCACGGCUGGUGAUGCUUCCUCUUCCUCCGCCGCUGCGGCAUCUUCUACUCUCCUCGAUCUCUCGCUUAAGCUUUCCAUAUAA